CUACGUGCAACUUCCAAAACGAACGGCUGCUCUUUCUCCUUUAGCGUUUCCUUCUUGCGCACUUGUUUGAUGACCAUGGCGCCUUAUUUUAUAUUUAAGAGUCGUCUUUGACGCUUCAAUUCCGUUUCAAAACUUCUCUCUCUCUCUCUCCCCCUUCCUCUUCCUCCUUCUCUAUCUCCCCCAUUAGUUUCUUUGCAAAAGCAGUAGACUUAUUGUUAUUAUUUUUGGUUUUUCUCUUUGGAUCUCAAGGAAAAUGGGGCUGAACGAUCGGGUUGAGAAAAUGCAGAUGCGUCAGAGUUACAGGAAUUUCUGGCACACAGAUCUCUUGAGCACUGUCGUUGCCGACACUCCUUAGCUUCUCUGAUUAUUUUUUGUCCCUCUAACGUACAGAUUGCUGUUUCGCACUGUUUUGCGGACCAUGUGCUUCUUAUAUGCUGCGCAGACGAGCUCUUUACAAUGAUAUGUCAAGGUACAUCUGCUGUGCUGGAUACAUACCGUGUAGUGGCAAGUGCGGAGAAAGUCAUUGCCCUGAACUAUGUCUCUGCACUGAGGUCUUCUGUUGCUUUUCAAAUUCAGUUGCUUCAACUCGCUUCCUACUGCAAGACGAAUUCAACAUACAGACUACACAGUGUGACAAUUGCAUCAUUGGAUUCAUGAUGUGCCUGCAGCAAUUGGCAUGCAUAUGUUCCUUGGUUGCUUGUAUAACCGGAAGUGAUGAAAUUGGAGACCUUGCUGACAUGUUGACUUGUUUGGCUGACUUGGUUUUUUGCUCGGUUUGCCCAUGCAUUCAGACCCAGCACAAGAUCGAAAUGGAUAAAAGAGACGGCAAGUUUGGGCCACAGCCUGUAAUGGCAGUGCCUCCGAUGCAGCAAAUGUCACGCAUUGAUCAGCCAACUCCUCCACCGGUGGGCUAUCCACCACAACAAGCGCAUGCACCUUACGGGCAACCCCCACCCCCAUAUGCCCAAGGUUAUCCUGCUGCCGGGUACCCUCCUGGUGCUUAUCCACCACCACCACCACCUGGUGCUUAUCCUCCAGCACCUGGUUAUCCUCCGGGCGGCUACCCCAAGUGAAUUGGACAGAGAUGCAAAGUGAUAAAGUAAUAUUUACUUAUUGCCCCGUUUAUAGCUAUAACAUUUUGCAGUUUAGCAAUUGAGUUUAAACUUGUCCAUUGAUUACACGUGAAAUAGCUCAUCGUAUAAAAUCAGGAAUGGAUAAAUGAAACUAUAAACACGGGUUAUUCAAUACAGUUUGUGCAAUUUAGUGUUGAA